CGCGUGUGUGCCGUGCCCAGGGGGAGGUUUCUUGCACACGCACACACACACACACCGCACACACGCGCGCACCCGCAGGACCGGCCCCGCUCCGGCCCCCCCCGCUCCCGGCUCACACCAUGUUCCAGCCGUCUGCGAAGCGCUGCUUCACCAUCGAGUCCCUGGUGGGCAAGGACACCCCCCUGGGCCCCGAGGACCCCCCGCGCCCCGCCGCCCUCGCCUACCCCGGCCCCGCCGCCGCCGCCGACGCCGCCGCCUUCGCCCCCGGCUUCCAGGGAGCCGCCGGCCGGGCCCUGUACGGCAGCGCCGAGCUCGUCUUCCCCGAGGCCGUGGGGCACCCGGCGCUGCCCGUCGGGCCCCCCCAGCUGGGGGGCUCGGCCCUGCCGCACCCGCACCCCUUCUUCGGGCCGCAGCACCGCGACCCGCUCAACUUUUACCCCUGGGUGCUGCGGAACCGCUUCUUCGGCCACCGCUUCCAAGGGAGCGAGGUGUCCCAGGAGAGCCUCCUGCUGCACGGCCCCUUCGCCCGCAAGCCCAAGCGCAUCCGCACGGCCUUUUCCCCGUCGCAGCUGCUGCGCCUGGAGAGGGCCUUCGAGAAGAACCACUACGUGGUGGGCGCCGAGCGCAAGCAGCUGGCCAGCAGCCUCAGCCUCUCCGAGACACAGGUGAAAGUGUGGUUCCAGAACAGGCGGACGAAAUACAAACGGCAGAAGCUGGAGGAGGAGGGCCCCGACUCGGACCAGAAGAAGAAGGGCUCGCACCACAUCAACCGAUGGCGCCUCGCCACCAAGCAGUCGAGCGGAGAAGACAUCGACGUCACCUCCAACGACUAAGGCAGGGACAGGCUCCUGGUGCGGCCACCAUGGAGAGGACCCCGGGGCAGGAAGGGGGGACACAGGCGGCGGCACCGACCGGACUGUAGGGACGUCGCCCAAGCCGCCGCCGCCGCCCGCGGCCUUUCCCCGGGGCGCCGGCCCGGGCGGGGACCGACCCCCGUCCCCCCGGGGCGUCCCUCGGAGGGGCUUUUCGGGGAGCUCCCGCCGAGCCGAGGAGGGAGAGGAGGCUGCCAGGGCGGCCCCGGGACCGCGCAUCCUCCUCGGCGCUGGAGUCCGUGAGAUCCAACCAACACGUCCUACCGGAAAUGUUCCACCCCCUUCUUCAUUUGCCUUUUUAUUAUCAUUUUCCACCUUUUCCUCCCCCUCCCCUUCCCCCCUCCCUCAUUUUCUCCGUUGGUUCAUUGUUUGGGUUUUUUAUGACAACUCAUUUUAAUUUAUUCUUUCUUUCCGUGCCCGUGUGCGUGCGUUCCCUGCCGUAGGUAGCAGCUGUAGUGAGUGUUACUGCGUGGAAAUAAAAGGCAAAACGUGCUGGAAACUCAUCUGGAUACCUGGGAGGGGAGGGGACGAGGGGACCGCGCCCUCCUCAUGGUGGGGACAGCGGUGUCCUUGUGGGACGGGGACUGGGAGUCACUGGGAGGCACUGGGAGCGA